CUGCACUCCAAUUCCGACAAAGGUGAUGGAUCAGUCAAAUACAUUCUUACUGGAGAAGGGGCAGGGACUAUCUUUAUUAUUGAUGACACGACUGGAGACAUCCAUUCAACCAAAAGCCUAGAUCGAGAGCAGAAGACACACUAUGUGCUUCAUGCCCAAGCUAUUGAUAGACGGACAAACAAGCCACUCGAGCCUGAAUCUGAAUUUAUUAUCAAAGUGCAGGAUAUCAACGACAAUGCACCAAAAUUUACAGAUGGACCAUACAUUGUUACUGUGCCAGAGAUGUCUGAAAUGGGUACAUCUGUUCUACAGGUGACAGCCACAGAUGCAGAUGACCCUACAUAUGGAAACAGUGCCAGAGUAGUGUACAGUAUUCUUCAGGGACAGCCAUACUUUUCUGUUGACCCUAAAACAGGAGUCAUCAGGACUGCCUUGCACAACAUGGACAGGGAAGCCAGAGAGCAUUAUUCCGUUGUCAUUCAAGCCAAAGAUAUGGCUGGGCAGGUCGGAGGGCUGUCAGGGUCAACAACUGUAAAUAUUACACUCACUGAUGUCAACGACAAUCCACCCAGGUUUCCUCAGA